AUGUCAGGCUGGCCUGGGGACGAUGAACAAUCGCAGGCCGUUUACGAUGAUGAUUCCCCACAUCUUUAUAUCGACUAUACCGCAGACCCUCUGAUGGGAUUACCAAUCCAUCCUGACCAUCGUCAUGAUCAGGUAGUUCAUCGCUCGUUUUCACCUCACCCUGGUCACGAUGUGGUGGCCGCAGGCCCAGCCCAGGGCAACCAUCAUGUACUAGAGAUAGCGCAUCCUGUACCCAGAUAUGGCAUUCCUCCGGUUUUCUAUACUGCCUGGCCAACGUCGCAGUCUUCAGAUUCCCCACCGGCCAUGCACGCAGGAGGUGCUUCCAUGCAUCAAAACGUGAGCCACCCUGAGCACGGGUCCACGUCACCCUCGAGCAGUCCCUCUCAUUAUGAUCUCGACGAUAUCACCUAUCACACAAAGAUGAGCUGCCAACGCAGCAAAGUUGGCCCCGCUCGCGCAAUCUUCAAGACAGCUAAACUUGUCGGCAUGGAGCGAGCCCAGCUCGCCAGGAAACUUCAAGCUGGUGCAUCUUCUGCCACCACUCAAGGCUCAUCCGAGCAAUCAUCUGGGGCUGACAUGAAGAUCGUCCCCGGAUCAGGCAUCAGAAAGCUGUUGGAAUGUUUUCGAGUUGGAAUGAGAAAGACUUCCUUCGAAGAAUCAAUAUUGCCCUCGAUCAGUUCCCUUAGUGCAACAGUGGAUUCUUCAUGGCAAGCCGUGGCCAAUGAACUCCAAGGCAAGUCUUUCCCAAAGCUCCGAGAUUGGGCCAUGGAGAUGAUGAAGGACAAGAAUUACGUUGACGAAAAGAUGGGAUCCGUGAUCGAUGAAGUAUCGGAGGAGAUAUGUGCAGUGGCACGAAUUUUCACAUACCAGUGCUAUGAACUCGACUUUGGCGACUUGGCCAUGUUGGUGAAGAAGUCAGACAUCGACGAACGCGCAAAUUAUAUUCAAGGUUUGCUGAAAGACGAUUUGUUCAUUUAUGGUAAACUAUUCUCUAACUUUGAUAUAAAGGUCGGGCGCUCUUCUCAUAUUCAAACUACUGCGUAUCUCCUUGGUGCACGUAAAGGACUGCCCAAUGUCGACGAGGAAGAGAUAAAUCGCACUCGUGCCGUUCAGUCGUGGUACGAGUCAGAGGCGCCGGAAGGGCAACUGACAAACCAGGAAUCUCUUGAGAAAGUCGAAUUUCGGAUCCCUUUGAACACUGCCGAUACAAACAAAUCUACGACAUACGUCGACCAUUUUUACGCCGAGUCAGACCUGAGUCCCCUAGAUAUGUUCGAUUCUAUGAGGGCCGCGAUGGAUCUUCCAAAGACCUACGAGCAUUUAGGCUGGCGCUUAUCUACAGCCCGCCGUAUGGACCUGCCGCAUAGACUCUUGACGGCCCAAGAUAUCAAGAGCGCUUUCAAAGCUGCGAGAGCGGAACAGCUCUCUGGACGGCACAAGAAAAAUGUUGCAAUUGAAGUCGUAAAUACUCAGAUGCCUGUAUUAAAAGGGACAGCAAAGCAACAUGCAGGUACUACGCGUUCUGCAGGCGAGCAGAACCAUCUACCCAGUACAUCCCAGUUUGACGACCGUGAAGAAGUUCGUAUCUCACGUAGUAAGGAAGGAACCGCGUCCCUUCAGCGUGUGCCAACCGAGCUCAUAUCACCCAUAAUCCACAAUCAUGUUCAUCUCCCAUCUGCGAUCAACGACACGUGGGCUUCCGAGUCUAAUGGUGUACUUUCUGAACAGCAACGUGACAACUCCACAGCUCCUCGACCCCUCAAGAGGACGUAUGCACUCUACUUGGAGAGUGACGAAGACACCGAUGAUGAAGAACCACCGCAAGGCAUCGAUGAAGUCCUUGCGAAGAUCCAUUCUCGCUACCCUGAUAUGAACUUGCCGCAAUACACGAACACGCUGAAGAAGCAUGCAUACCACGAAGACUCGGCCAAGGACAUCCUCUUCCGCGAUUGCAUCUCAGACGCCGUGGACCUUAUAGUUGGCACUUGCCGACAAAAGCUAAGUUCUUCUCUCGGGAUUAGGUCGUGGGCUGAUCAUAAGCAGGGAUUCUCGAAAUCUGUCCCUGCACCCCUAAGCCUCCCCACCACGCUGGUGCCUACACCCACUCCCGCUCCCGUGCUCCCUCCCAGUACAGCUGCAGUCACCGGACUCAACAGCCUCCUGGCUGACAUGCCAUUCACAUUGAUCGCUGACAUUCUAGAACAUUGUGUAGCGAGCCAAGAUUGA